AUGCGAUCUAAGAAUGAUAUUUUAACGUCUGACUUCUUAACAUCCAAAGAGACGUAUGAAAAAUACGAACGACCGCAUAGUCGAACGUUUAAUGCUAUUCCAAUUUCCGGUGCUGCACCUGUUACUUACCUUAAUGAAUAUCAGGUUGUUACACGUACGCCACCACCUCAUAAAGAAGUACUAGUAUCAGUGCCUCAACAAGUAAUCUCUGAAAAUGAAUUGCCAUCGUUGAAGAAAGACAAAAUUCCAUUUGGUCGAAUGAUUGCAGCUGCUGUUGGUAUACCUCUGUUUAUAAUGGUCGUUUUGUUCAUUGCCAUAUGGUUCCAAGAGUUGGGCUUCAUUUGA